GAGAGAGAUUGAGAUUGAAUUGGAACGGCGAGCGAAGGAGAAAGAAAGGGAGUUAGAUAGGAGAAAGAGAUUUAUUUAAAGAAAAGGAAGGCGAGAAGGUCUUCCGCAACAGAAACACCGAACACAGAUAAAAAUAAGGGGAAAUUCAAGAGGAAUUUAUUUAAAGAAUAAAGAGAGGCUGAUUUUCUUCUUUCUCUCCUUUGUUUUUUUUUUUUUUUUUUUUUUUUUCUCAUCCCGCUUUUCUCCUUUCUAUUCCCUUCUCUUCUCUUCUUCCCUUACCUUUGGGGUGGCAUCCAUGGCUUCGCUUCUAUUUCUCUGCAUCACCUUCGUUUCAGCGCUGCGUUUGGUCUCGUCUUCGUCUAUUUGCCCUCCCCAGUCUCAUCUCUUUUUGAACAGGAUUCAGCAUCAGUGCCCUGUCGAGAUCUCCCCGUCUCCAGCUAUCGAGGUUGAUGGAGAUUCACUUGAAAGAGCUUUAGGCUCCAAUUGGAGGAACACGUACGCUUCUGUACUCUUCUACAGUUACUGGUGUCCAUUUUCACAUGGUGUAAGACCCACAUUUGACACCCUCAGCUCCAUGUUUCCUCAAGUCAGACAUUUGGCAGUUGAACAAUCUUCAGCCAUGCCAAGUGUGUUCUCAAGGUAUGGAAUUCACAGCUUGCCGUCAAUAGUGAUGAUAAAUCAGACAGGAAAAGUACGGUACCAUGGUCCCAAGGAUCUCACGUCCCUCGUACACUUUUAUAAGAGUAUAACAGGACUCGAGCCAGUUGAAUACUUCACUGAGGAUCAAUCAAGCACCCUGGGAAGUGGUGAGAAAUCUCUUCUUCAGUUAUGGAGGGAGUCUUCCACAGAAGUGAUUCUAGCAAGGGAACCAUACCUAAUUUUCUCCAUAUUGUUCCUCUGCUUGAGGGCGGUACUAUACUUGUUCCCUGAGAUGUUAUCUCGUCUGAAGGCUUUCUGGUUCUCAUAUAUCCCCCGCCUGAACCUGGAAAUCUUUGGAGAGACAAGCCAGUUGUUGGAACAUGCGCUUCAUGUGAUAGAUGUCAAGAGGGUUUGGAGCAAGCCGAAAUUGUGUAAAACUAGGAAUUUUCAUCAAGGAGCUAAGAAUGCCCAUGUGUGGGCAUCUUCAUUGGCAUCCGUUUCCUUGGGCGAGUCAUCUUCAGCUAGAGGAUCUCCUGCAGUGGAGUAGUGAGCUUCUACCGGUCACCCUGCAACCCUAUCUCGAACUCAACUACGAUGCAAACUGGGAGAACAGAGAUUCUUGGGCUUAAUCCAAUGGAAGGAGGAAGGACCUUAUUAAAUGCAAUGGAACAGGCUGGUCAUGCUCAAGGGUUGGUAGUAUUUUUUUCCAUAUUCCUUUUCCCCUGUUUUAUACCUUUUCGUAUGCCCUAUGUACUAGUGGUUAUUACUGAAGCUGUUGUCCCUUUUUUCUUCUUUGUCGGAGUUUUGAGGGGGACGCGAGCAAGCGCAACCAUGUAAAUCCAAGCGCAUCUAUAAUUUGUAUAUUAUUUUGCAUUUGGGAAAACCACCUCUUAUUGCACUUCAGCCACACUUAGAAAUAGGGGAAGGAUCUCCAAACACCAAUGAUAUUUCUUUUCUUGUGUUAAGAUCUUUUUAGCAGGUGUAGGAUCGAUUAGUGCUAACCAAAUUGUUCAGGGACACUCGUACUCUUAUAUGUGACGGAUGGCUUAGUUUCAAUAAUCGCCAGGAGAAGAAGAUGCACCAGCCUUCAGCAAAUGGUCGGGCAAACAAUGGCAAGCGAUGAAUAUGUGGAGUCAACCAACAAAGAACAAACUAGUCCUUGAGCAGUUGAGCUAUAUAUAUGAAGUCGGUAGGAAGCGGGAAGCUGUCUUUGCUGUUCUGUUUUAUUAAUUUUUGGUAAAUUUGUUGUUCUGUUUAUAUGCUACAUUUAGAGCGAUUGCAGGCAUUAACUGUUUUGAUGGAUUGCUCCGCAAACAAUCUCACCUUUCAGGAUUUUUUCUCAA